GUUUUUUUUUAACACUGAAGUGCUGGACGGAGCUUCUUGUGUAGUGCAGGUCUGAAAGUCUACAACAGUUUAUAGAUUUAUAUAUUCAUAUAAAUAUAUUUACUGAAUUAUAUCCGGCUGCUUACUUGUUUUCGAGAGGACGUGAAGACAGAGGGCUGCUGCAAUGUGGAUCCAGGUGCGCACUAUGGACGGUAAGGAGACCCACCGGGUCGACUCCCUGUCCAAACUUACCAAAGUGGACGAGCUGAGAUUGCGAAUCCUGGAGCUCUUCAACGUUGAACCUGAGAGGCAGAGGCUCUUCUACAGAGGCAAACAGAUGGAGGAUGGACACACUAUUUUCGACUACAACGUAGGCCUGAAUGACAUUGUUCAACUACUGGUGAGGCAGGCGGCUCCUGCGGUCUCUCUGCCCAAAGACAAAGAGGCCGAGCUUUCAGAUUCUGACUCUGGCUGUGGUUCGGGUCAGAGCGAGUCUGAUAAGAGCUCCACUCACGGAGAGUGUGAGGCUCAGAGCGCUGGAACUUCGGCCCAGUGUGACCUUGUCGACCCGGGCUUUGGCCUCUACAAGAUAAAUGAGUUUGUGGAUGCUCGAGACCUGAACAUGGGCGCUUGGUUUGAGGCGCAGAUCUUGAAUGUGACGAAGACCCCUAAACCGGCAGAAGGUGACGGCAUGGAAGCGGACGGAGAGGACGAGAUUCGCUACCACAUCAAAUACGAAGAUUACCCGGAGAACGGAGUGGUACAGCUUCAGAGUAAGGAUGUGCGCCCACGUGCCCGCACUGUUUACCAGUGGCACCAGCUCGAACAGGGCAUGGUGGUCAUGGUGAACUACAACCCUGAUGAGCCCAAAGAGCGUGGCUACUGGUACGACGCUCAGAUCCAGAGGAAGAGGGAGACGCGCACCCAGCGAGAGAUUUUUGGCAAAAUACUGCUCGGGGAUGCUGGCGACUCCUUGAACGACUGCCGGAUCUUGUUUGUGAACGAAAUCUACAAAAUCGAAGAGGUUGGAAACUCUGAAGGACCUGAAGCCACUUCUGACAGCCCUUUGAAAAGAUCGAACGGGCCGGAGUGUAAACACUGUAAAGAUGACCUCAAGAAGAAUUGUCGCUGGUGUAACUGCCGUGUGUGUGGGGUGAAGCAGGACCCGGAUAAGCAGCUUCUGUGUGAUGAGUGUGACAUGGCCUUCCAUAUUUACUGCCUCAACCCGCCUCUCACCACCAUCCCAGCUGAUGAAGACUGGUACUGCCCCGAGUGCCGUAACGACGCGAGCGAGGUCGUCCUGGCUGGAGAAAAGCUGAAGGAAAGCAAGAAGAAGGCAAAGAUGGCGUCUGCAAGCUCAUCCAGUCAGAGAGACUGGGGCAAAGGUAUGGCAUGUGUGGGUCGUACCAAACAGUGUACCAUCGUUCCUUCUAACCAUCACGGGCCUGUUCCUGGAGUUCCUGUUGGCACCCUUUGGAAAUUUAGAGUGCAGGUGAGUGAGUCUGGAGUCCACAGGCCUCAUGUUGCAGGGAUCCAUGGCCGAAGCAAUGACGGUGCUUAUUCUUUAGUCCUGGCUGGAGGCUACGAGGACGACGUGGACGACGGUAACGAGUUUACAUACACGGGCUCUGGUGGUCGAGAUCUCUCCGGUAACAAGCGAACGGCUGAACAAUCCUGUGACCAGAAACUCACCAAUAUGAACAGGGCUCUAGCAUUGAACUGCAAUGCUCCGGUGAACGAAAAGGAUGGAGCUGAGGCAAAGGACUGGAAGGCAGGAAAGCCUGUGAGGGUGGUGCGCAGUUCUAAAGGCCGAAAACACAGCAAAUACUGCCCCGAAGAUGGGAACAGAUACGACGGCAUAUACAAGGUGGUGAAGUAUUGGCCGGAGAAGGGCAAAUCAGGCUUUCUAGUAUGGAGAUACCUUCUCAAAAGGAACGACGACGAGCCAGCACCGUGGACCAGAGAUGGCAAAGAACGCAUUAAAAAGCUGGGCCUCACCAUGCAGUAUCCUGAAGGUUAUCUGGAAGCAGUGGCAGCAAAGGAGAAGGAAAAGGAGAACAAAAACGAGGACGAAGUGGCCGAAACGCCUACUAAGGGCAAGAGGAAGCGAAAAUCUCAGGCAGUUGAGGACGAGGAGAAAACCUCACCGUCUAAAAACACACCCAAGAAGGUCAAAGUCGAGGCCUACAAGCUGACCAGGGAGCAGAAGGCCCUGAUCAAGGAUGAUGAGCUCAACAAAAAACUUUGGGAUGAGGCCAUGGAGUCUUUAAGCUUAGGACCAAGAUUCAUAAACAAGGUGGAGGAAGUUUUCCUGUGUAUCUGCUGUCAAGAAGUUGUUUUCCAGCCCAUCACCACAGAGUGCCAACACAACGUCUGCAGGGAAUGUCUUCAACGGUCCUUCAAAGCGGAGGUUUACUCCUGCCCCGCCUGCCGCCACGACCUAGGCAAGAACUACCAGAUGACUGUGAACAAAGCUCUCCAAGCCAUCCUGACCCAGCUGUUCCCUGGAUACAGCAGCGGCCGAUGCUGACAGACAGAGCUACCUCGAAGCGUGCUCAUGAACUAGCGAGGGCAGAGCUGCGAACCGAGACGCAAUCAAACGGCACAAUACGAGACACCUUUCAAAAAUUCCGUUCGAGUCUCGAGCUAAUCAGGGUCUAAGGGAACCCGUAACCCGUUCAAUUCAUUUGGGCCGAUUUUUAUAUUUUUGCAGGGCUGUACUGUAUGUACUACGUAUCCUGCCCUCUUGUAUUUAGCCAAUCAGGUAGAUCUUCUCCCUCCUGAUACACACUUUGUAUUAACGACCCUCGUAUCAUAGCCUUGUAGAGAUGUAUUUAGGUGUAGGAGCUUCCUGUUUAUAAUGAAUUGUAAUUCCUGAAUUACUCUGCACCAGCACAUCUUCCUUUUUUUUUUUUUUUUUUUUUUGAAAGAAAAAACUUCCGCUACGCACAACUGCACUAUUUGCUUCUAGCAAAAAAUCUUUUUGUUUGUUUUUUGGCCAGGGAUAAGUGGACAUAUUUUGUUAGCAGGUAUGUAGGCAUGCACUGGCAUCAGAAUCCUUUUAAAAAAUUUGAUCCAGAUCAGAUUUCUGUCUAACAGCCAUGUAAUUGAUCACCACCCCCUCGAACGUAUUCCUUUAUGGGUGGUUUAACUCCAAGCUAAUCGUUUUUUUUUUGUUUGUUUUUAAAUAAAUAAAUAAAAAUAUAUAUAAAUCGAUCUCAUGCAUAAAACGAGCUCGUUAUCCCUUAACGUUUUAUUAUUUUUGCUUCGCUUUCUAACUACUGUACGUGCUUAAAAAUUCCACUCUGCUUUCGAAUUUAUUCCUGUUUAUGCAAUCUGGUUUUCCCCCUCGUUUUUUUUCUACGAGACGGAAAACCAACAAACCGUUCAUUUCUCCGGACAUAACCUCAACAAGUGCACCUCCUGUUCCGUGAAUAUUUAAUGACCUGACUCAAUGUUCUUCACUUUUAUUUCACGAAUAUUAGUGACUGGAACACCUAAAGCCAGCGAUUUUUUUAUUUUGUAUUUUUUUUUUUUUUUGGUAUACCUCAAUAAUAAUUUCUAAUAUUGCAUUGACUGGAAAUGUAUAUUCUGAAAAUUGUAUAUUUUUAGCACUUGUAUUUAGCUGUUUUACGUAGUUUUUAGGUGCCUUUUUUCCGCACCGUGUCGUGUGACGUUUUUCCAAUAAACUAUUCCUUUUGUAUGGAGUAAAAGAAGGUUGUUUUAUGAGCGAGGAAAGAUAGGACCAUCUUGGGGUUUCAUAGAAGUGUUUUUAUUCUUUUUAGACCAUAUCAUUAAUCAUAUUUUAACCAGUUGGGUUCAAGUAAUGAAUUAAUGAUGUAAUUUGA